AGAGUGGAGCCAUGUCUGCUAAAGAAGCGAGUAGUGGGAGUGAGGCAGGUGAACCGGGAGCUGCUGCAAAAUCCGCCAGGAAACGGAUCAACUUGGAAGCGUUGGGUCGACAGGUAUGUCGGUUUAGCUAUCCCUCUUGAGUUACACUUGUGGACGUCUCCCACACGGUAUAAAGGCCCAAAUGGAGCGUAUCUUGCAUAACAGAGAACGAACUCACCUCGGCGGCAUGGACAUUGCCGAGCAUCUCGUUGUAGAUUGGGAGAAAAUCGGGGAUCCGUCUUACCAGAAGCUGAUUGUAAGUGUAUCCGCGCAGUGUGCGAGUAGCUAUAUAGAAUCUAGCUGCGCUUUUUUGAGUAAACAAUAGCAGUUUCCGCUGCGGGCUACCCCAGAGUCAGUUGUUAAAUAGGAUAGGAAGUGAACUCAAGGCCGUGGGUGAGGUCCGGCCGGCGACAGAGAAACUAUGGCGAGCGCUAGACCCAGCAGUACCUACUACGCCGAGAGCUUAGAAGAAAGUUCCAUUGGAGACGUCAGCACUCUACGAACCAAGCUUCAGUCGCGGAGAGCCCAGCUCAACGUAGAGAUAGAGAAAGAGGACAAGUUCCACCAGGGGUCUAAGAGACUAGUCCGGGCCUCCAGCGACCACAAGGCUCGAGACCAGGCUCAGCUGGAGGCAAGCUUUGCUGAGUCAAAGAUACGAGUCCACCAAGCUGAGCUGGCCAAGAUCAACAGCUCUCUACAGGCCUACCAGCAAGAGGGCCUGCGGAGCUCCCAGCCUCCUCUCAUACCGUUUGCCCUGAAGACAACUGCCCGGCUGAGUGUGGUGUCGUCCUUUACCGACACCAUCUCUGGCCACUACCACAUGGACCCUGCUGCCCUCCUGGACCAGAUCUACGAGUUCCAGGAACUCAGAUACGCGGUGUCGAACGUGACGAGAGACGAGAGUGGGGUGGAGUCACUCCUGGAGUACCACAAUCAACUCCAGUUAGUCAGCAAGAGACUAAUUCACCCCAAACUCCGCCACGGCCUGGCCUUCAUCUGGUAUGACGCUAUCAAUGGUCUACCUGCUGUCCAGCAAAGUGUGACAUUUGAGAAGGCCUGUAUUAUCUUCAAUAUAGCAGCUCUCCACAGUCAGAUGGCCGCACAAGAAGAUCGCUCCACAGUAGCGGGGGCGAGUCGAGCAGUCGCGUCACUAGAGAAAGGAAUUGGAGCCCUGGAGUACAUGAAGGACCGCUUCUCAAACUCACCAACUCUCGACAUGUCUGAUGAACUUCUCUCCUUCCUCUCUGACCUCCUGCGAGCCCAAGCGCAGGAGGUGCGCUGGGAGAGGGAGCAGCUGGAGAUGAAGCGGACGGAGCCAUCCACCAUCAUCGACGCAGCUCACAAGACAAAGAGUGUGGCAGAGUGUUAUUCCCCACUCAAAGAGCUAGUGGAAGACAACAGCAUGAAGGGUUACCUGCCAGAGUGCUGGAUCAGCUAUGUGAAGGUAAAGGAGGCCCACUACAAAGCACUGGCUCACUAUUACGCAGCUCUGGCCCACGAUCAUCUGGCUUCUGCCUGCAAGGGGGAGGAGGUGGUGGGUGAGGAGGUGAGAAUGGAGCUCAAGUUCCUCUAUGCAGUGGACAGUGAGGAGGCCCAGGAUGCCAUCACUGCCAGCAACCAGCAGUACCACGUCGGACUCGCUAAAGCCCACCUGAACUGUGCAGUACUUGCCCACGAGUACGCUCUCAAGUACAACAGCUACAGUAGAGAUCUGUCAGACAUCAAGCCACUCUGUCAGAUGUUGCAAGAUGCUGCGGCCAGGACGAGAGCCAAGAAGGAAGAGAUGAGUGAAGAGGAAGGAGCAUCCAUCAUGGCACCUGCCAUCAAACCCUCAGAGAUUACUCUGAAGCCAGUGUUUCCAGAGUUCUCGUCAGUGGAGGUCGAAGACUUGUUCCGUUCUCUUGGUCCUCUGCCAGCUUUCUCGGCUGAGAAUUCGUGGUCUACUCCGCGAGUACUGACUAUCCACAGAGGGAAGGGUGGACUGGGCCUCUCGCUGAGAGGUUCACGACCUUCAUCUGUGUCUGCAGUUGAAGACGGCAGUCCAGCUGAGGAUAUGGGAGUGUGUGUUGGUGACUGGGUACUGGCAGUUGACGGUAGGGACGUCAGAUACAAGUCACACAACGAUGCAAUCGCCAUAGUGACGGACUGUGGCGAUGAAGUCACUUUUGAACUCGUUACACCCACAUAGCCAAUGUACCCCCUCCCCUACCACCAUUUUUAGCUACAAAUGCAUUAUGUCAAGUCGUCUGAAGAUGACGACGCAGUGUUUCAAAGCGCGCAUGCGCACCAACACGUUGGAGGUGGAGCCCCCGCGCUGCAUUGCUGGUCAUCAUGGCAGGACUUGGAGUGGUAUUACUGGCGUCCCUCUGUCUUCUACCGACUCUGCACACCAUCACACCAACCCUCCAAAGACUCUCCACCGCCACUAGACCUUCGCCCAGCCGGCCUGGAGAAAUAUGGACCAACUGCAGUGAGGUAGGAGACCCGGUGGACAUAAAGAGUGUAUCCAUCUACCCGUACCCUCCCAAGAUGGGACAUCGCGUGUCUCUGCUGGUUGAUCUGACACUCAAGGAGAAUGUCACUAAUGGUUCAGUGUCCGCUGAGCUAAAGUAUGGGAUCAUAACUGUGUUCAGUAAGACGUGGGGUAUGUGUGAGUUUGCCAAGACGCAGGACUGGCCCUGCCCCCUCUCUCCCGGGGCCCUCCAAGUCAAGUUCAACACCACUAUCCCACCGUUAGUAGCUCAUGGGCGGGUGACUUGGAGGGGAUAUGCCAAGGACCAGAAUGGACUGGAGCUCGUGUGUGUGGCAAUGGACUUCCAGAUAUGACUUUGUACCCGCUCCCCCCUCCUAUUGUCUUGUUUUUUUUAGUGCUGUUCUCUGUUAUACAUGUGACUUUUAUUCCACUUUUAUUAUAGCUAACUGUGUGAUUAACCACUACUUCCGUUUCGUCGCGUCUACACUCAGUGCCGCGCUCAGUGAUAGAAAGUAAUUAGCUAUGAAGGCAGCAGUAGUGUUGGUGCUGGUAGUGACGGCGGCAGUGGCCAUCCCGGUCCAGUGGCUAGAGCUGGAGUCAGCCAAGACUCUGCAGAAUGACCAGACUACUCGUCUCGGAGACGUCUACGAGUUUUGCAAUAAAUCGGUAGACCCUCUGGUCAUUACUGGCCUGACGUUGAGCCCUGACCCACCGAAGGAGGGAAAGCCUCUAACUAUCACCGUCAGCUAUACACUCACUGAAAAAGUGACUGGCGGAAUGAUCAAGGUCGACGCGGAGUUGGACAACGUGCCACUGUACAAUGGCAGCGUUGAUCUUUGCGACUUACUCGUUCAGGUGGGAGAGAAGUGUCCCAUCGACCCAAUGUCUGCAAGAAACACAACCACCGUCAGUAUUCCUGUAGUUCACGGUAACUUCAAAGCUAGUGCAGUCGCGACGGACGAAUUUGGGAACGAGCUGGCAUGUAUUACUGUUGGUUUCAAAUUCUAACAAACAUGUGUAUAGUGUGGUGAUGUUUCGUGUUCCCUAUCUCUACUACGCAUGCGCUAUUAUUAUCUUUUGCGUAGGUGUGUAUAAAAAUAGUCGUGAUGCUGGGGCUUCAUCUCUCUGCCUCUCUUUCGUGCUAUACUAAAUUUGGCCGGAAGUAUGUCGAUCACGUGUUAUCCACGAAAGAUUCAUAAUCUUGUGGUCCAACCCUUGUGCAUCGGGCAAAGCCAGCAGCUAUGAAGGCAGCAGUAGUGUUGGUGCUGGUAGUGACGGCGGCAGUGGCCAUCCCGGUCCAAUGGCUAGAGCUGGAGUCAGCCAAGACUCUGCAGAAAGGCCGUCUCGGAGACGUGUACAAGAACUGCAGUAAGUCAACGGACCCGCUGCACAUUAUCAGCUUGACCCUGAGCCCUGACCCACCAGAGAAGGGAAAGAAUCUGACCAUCUCUGUCGAGUAUGAUCUGACGGAGGAGGUGACCGGUGGAGAGAUCAAGGUGAACAUCAAGUAUGACUCGAUCAUACCAUAUGACAAAACCGUCGACAUUUGUGACGUACUGAAAACAGUAAAUCUAUCGUGUCCUAUUAAACCAGUCCAGUCCAGAUUCACUAUCUCCAAAGAAAUUCCCAGUGAUGUGCCUGGGGGACACUACACUGGAAGCGUAGUUGCAAGUGACCAGAACGGCCAGGAGCUGGCCUGUUUUGACCUUGACUUCCAUCUCUAAGACGAUCUAAGCUACUUUGUGUCGCAUGAGUCGACAGGUCUUUGUUUUUAGAACAGUUUUAGCCUAUUAGCUAUACCACUUCCUUGCACUAAGUGAGGGGGAUGAUGACAUUGUUGUUUGCAA